AUGCUUGGCUGGGGUAUUAAUGCCCAUGGUCAACUUGGAUUAGGCCCAUCAGCUCCAACAAGUUUCAUUCCAACACCUCAACGUAUACCAUUUUUUAAUGAUCGUACAUGUGUACAAGUUUCAUGUUCAUUAACACAUUCAGUGUUUUUACUAGCCGAUGGAAGUGUUUAUACAACAGGAAAUAAUGAAUAUUUACAAUUAGGUAGAGACGGACGAGCAACUGUACCUGAAAAAGUCAUACUACCUCAAAAUGAUGAUGUUGUACAAGUAGCAUGUGGACAACAUUUUUCAGUUUGUUUAACAGGAAAUGGUAAAAUAGUUGUUUGGGGUUCAAUAAGUGGAAAAGUAACGAAUGAUGAUGGACUUGUCUAUCAAAAACCUGAAUAUUUGGGAGGAUUUAGUGAAAAACGAAUGAUACAAAUUGCUGCUGGAUAUACUCAUAUUCUUGGAUUAACUGAUGAUGGAACUGUUUAUGCAACAGGAGUUAAUGCACAUGGACAACUUGGUUUAGGACACAAUAAUGAUUGUGUUCGUGCUAGUCCAAUAGUAUGUCUUCGAGGUAGUCCGAUUAUUUAUAUAGCAUGCGGUGCAUAUCAUUCAUUGAUUAUAUCAAAAAGUGGAACGGUUUUUACUUGUGGUCUUAAUGAAUCUGGUCAAUUAGGUCUUGGUGAUACUGAUGCUCGUGUAUGGCCAAGUAAUGUUAAAUCAUUACAGCAACAAAAAGUGACAUAUGCAGCAUGUGGAGAAAAACAUUCAGUUGUUGUUACACUUGAAGGAGGAGUUUUUUCCUUUGGAUGUAGUGGACAUGGACAACUUGGACAUAAUUCAACGAAUGACGAACUUUUACCAAAAAAAAUAUCAGAAUUAAUGGGUUCAGAAGUUUCUCAGAUAGCUUGCGGCAGAUCUCACACAGUUGUCUUCAUGCCAAACGAUGGUCAAAUAUCCACAUUUGGACUAGCAUGUGCCGGUAAUAAAGAUACAAAAGUAACAUCCUGUAGUAAUAUACCACAAAAAUUAGACAUGCCAUUUUUAUCAUAUAAAACAAUGAAACAUCAACAGAAACCAUCAACAACUGAUAAAACUUCUAUACUAUCAUCUCGUAGACCAAAACCUAUAGAAACAAAAGUUACACGAACAAAUUAUCAAGUUCUAGGAAUACAUGCUGGUGGUAAUCAAAUAUUUGUUCGCAUAUCUUCUCGAGCACAAAGACCAGAUGAUUAUCGAACAUAUUAUACAAAUCGACCAUUACUUGAAUUAACUCUUGAUUUUGCUAAAUGGCUUGAUCAUGCUACUGAAAGUUCAGAUUCAUUUAAAGAUGCUGAAAGAAAAUUAUCUCGACUAUUUAAUACUGAAGCAUGUUUAAAUGGAUCAUUUUUAUUAUUACCAGAUGCACAUUUUCGUACAUCAUCAAAUAAUCCCGGUAUUGAUCUUGAUCAAGUUAUUACUGUUAUGGAAAAAUUACGUUCAUGUGAUCCAAAAAUACAAGAACUAUUAUUUGAACAUAUUCAGUCAAUACUUUUAACAUUACCUGAGACAGCUCCAUGUUUUGAAGCACUACGCAUUUAUCUUAUUUUACCAUUUUGUCAUAUAUUUGAAAAUGAAGAAUCAUUUGAAACUGUAUCCGCACCAUUUGCUCAAGCUGCUACACGUUUAAAAAAGACAGCUGAUGGAAGAGUAUUAGAUUAUUGGAUAUUACAUUUAGGAAGAAAAUUUGUGGAAAGAAUAAUUGAAUUAUAUAAACCACUUGUCAUCAAGAUUAUUCAAAUAAAUAGUAUGGGUCUAGCUUUAGCAGCAGAACAAUAUCAAACUGUUUUAGAAGCUGUUUUGGAAUUAUUAAAAAAAGUGCAUCAUGUAUCAUGCAAUAUGGCUAAACCAGAAUUAGUAGGACAUGAUUUAUUCUAUAUGAAAGAAUUGAAUGAUAUGAUUGACAUAAAACGUGAUUAUGAUUUUUGGCAAGCACGUCAAUAUCUUGUUGUUGAUAGAAAAAUAGUUUCAUUUUGUGAUUAUUCAUUUUUAUUUGAUCUUAAAGCAAAAAUUUUAUUACUUCAAUAUCAUGGACAACUUGAAAUGCAAGAAGCAAUUCGUAAUGCAUUUAUGCAUAAUUUUCAAACAAUGAUGGGAGCUCAUGUUGACACAGUUAAUCCAUUACUUAUGUUGCGUAUUAAUCGUGAUACAAUUGUUCAUGACACAAUUAAUCAAUUAGAUAAAUAUAAAGAUGAAGAUUUUAAGAAACCAUUACGUGUCUAUUUUCAAAAUGAAGAAGGUCUUGAUGCUGGUGGUAUACGUAAAGAAUUUUUUCUUUUAUUAACUAAAGAAAUAUUAAAUCCUAAAUAUGGAAUGUUUACUGUAUAUGAAGAAACAAAUACAAUAUGGUUUAGUGAUUUCUAUGUUGAAGAAGAAGAAGCAAUGUAUAAGUUAAUUGGAGUAAGAAUAAGAUUAUUUAUAUAGAAAAUUUUUAAAAUUCUGAAAGUAGUAUUUCAAGGCAUUUUCUGUUUAUAAUUAUUAAAAUUGGAUUUUACCGUUAUUUUUGAAGCAUAUAAAAUGCUAAAGAGAAAAUUUAUGAUGUUUUUACUCGUAGAUUUAUUUCGUGUUGUAAUAAUAUAAAAGAGAAUCAUGUUUAGGUCACAAUGCUUCUUUUUAUUUUCUUAUCAAAAACACUAGUAAAGCUUAUACAAGAUUUGUGAAUUAGAAAAAACGUUUUAUUUAAAUAGUAACAACAGUGUUUUUUUGUCGAGACAAAUCAAAUAUUAUUUUAAUAGAAUUCUAGAAAUUCAAUGAAAUAUAAAUCGUUUAAGUCAACGCAAAGAGUAACAUGUUGAAUAAAUACUGGAAUAUUACUAUUUUAGACAACUUAAUAGAAUUCAUUUAAUUAUACAAUUCUAGAAAUUAAUCUAUAUGAGUAACCUUCGAAAAUAAUGAACUACAGUCGCGAAGAAGAUGAUAUUGAAUCUUAUGUAAGAUAGAACUAAAGUCAAGUAUGAAUAGAUUGUUUUAAAAAUACUCUCAAUACGAUAGUUAGAACUCAUAAAAUAGACUUGUUUCUCAAGGUAGCAUAUAAUCUAACAUAAAUAGUUCUAUGACGGAUCAAAAAUGAAAAAAUACAGAUAGAUGAUUAUACUUUUUUAUUUAAGUUCUAAUCAUUAGAUUUUGUUAUUUUCCUUUUAGACAUUGUGUGCAUUAGCUGUAUAUAAUAUAACAAUAAUUG